AUGGCGGAAGAGAAGGAUAUUCAGCCCUCCGCGGCGGUGCACCCGCAACCGCUGUAUGAGGAUCAUGAGCAGCAUCAUAAGAAUGCUGCUGACAAGGUCAUCAACGAUGCGCGUCUUGCGACGGAGAAAGAGCAUACGAUGACCCUGUGGCAGGGCAUCAAGCUCUACCCAAAAGCGAUCGGCUGGUCGGUGCUGAUCAGUACAUGUAUCGUCAUGGAAGGCUAUGACGUCUGCUUGCUUAACAACUUUUUCGCAUUUCCGCAGUUCAAGCGCAAGUACGGCGAGCAGCUUCCCGACGGCACGUGGGAGAUUCCUGCGCCGUGGCAGGCGGGGUUGAGCAAUGGUGUUAUUGUGGGUGAAAUCAUUGGUCUGUUUCUCAAUGGAUGGAUUAGUGAGGCGAUUGGGUACAGAUACACCGUCAUGGGGUGUUUGUUCCUGCUCAUCUGCUUUACCACAAUCUUCUUCACGGCGCAGACGGUGGUGCAUCUGCUGGUUGCGGAGAUUCUGUGUGGUAUUCCUUGGGGUGUGUUUCAGACGCUUACCAUCACCUACGCGAGUGAGGUGUGUCCUGUUGCGCUGCGCGGAUACUUGACCACAUAUGUCAACUUCUGCUGGGGUCUUGGUCAAGUCAUCGGUAUCGGUGUGAUCCGCUCCAUGGUCAAUCGCGAAGACGAGUGGUCCUACCGCAUUCCCUACGCUCUGCAGUGGAUGUGGCCUGUGCCGCUUAUCAUCGGUGUCUUCCUUGCUCCUGAGUCGCCUUGGUGGCUCGUCCGCAAGGGUCGCCUUGAAGACGCGAAGAGGUCCCUCCUCCGUCUCACCAGCUUGGAUCGCGAGACCGAUUUUGAUGCUGAGGAGACUGUUGCCAUGAUGGUCCACACCACUGCUCUGGAAGAGAAGAUCACCAAGGGCGUUAGCUACAUCGACUGCUUCAAGGGCGUCGACUUGCGCCGCACAGAGAUUGUCUGUAUGGCUUGGGCUAUCCAGAACUUGAGUGGUAAUGCCUUCUCCGGAUACUCAUCGUACUUUCUGCAGCAAGCUGGUCUCGACCCGUCCACGUCGUACGACUUCGCCAUGGGCCAAUACGGCAUCAACAUGGCUGGUGUCUUCGGCGCCUGGUUCCUAAUGAAGUGCGGCGUUGGACGACGAUCUCUCUAUCUCUACGGUCUCUGCGGUCUCUGCACCAUGCUCUUCGUCAUGGGCUUCCUCGGCCUCGUCCCAGCCGCUCACCGCGAACAAGGCGCUAUGGCGACUGGGGCAAUGAUGAUCGUGUGGGCAAUGUUCUACCAGCUCACCGUCGGGACAGUCUGUUACUCACUCGUCGCCGAGCUGUCCACGCGCCGUCUGCAGAUCAAGACCGUGGUCCUGGGCCGCAACCUCUACAACAUCAUCGGCAUAAUCACCUCCGUCCUAACACCGUACAUGCUGAACCCCGGCGAGUGGAACUGGGGCAACUACGCCGGCUUCUUCUGGGCGGGAUCUUGCUUCCUCAGCAUCGUGUACACGUUCUUCCGGCUGCCGGAGCCCAAGGACCGCAGUUUCGCAGAGCUGGACCUGCUGUUUGAGAAGCGCAUCUCUGCGCGCAAGUUUGCGAGCACCAAGGUUGAUGUGUUUGAGAAGAGCACGCUCGACGGUACUCGCGUGUUUGAGACGUACGAAGAGAAGGUAGAUGCUGUGCGCAGGACCGAAUCGGUUGUUGGAGCUUAG